AUGCUUGGUAACUUCCGAACCAGAAGUCGAUACUCUUUGGGAUCGUACGUUCUUAAUGGGCGCAGUUGGGCGUCGUCGAAAAUGCCUAACGCGAGCCUGGCGUUCGCGAGGAACUUUACCACUACACCCGCUCUGUCGAAGGGUAGCGAGAAGAUCGUGCGUUUAUCGAAAGGAUUGACGGGACGCUUAUGGCAAGAGCAAGCGAGGUUCUUUCGAAACGAUUCCGUCCUGAUGGGCAAAGCGCACGGCAAAAGGCCACCUCGACCUCCCUCCAAACUCUCUUCCAAGUCAGUUCCCGAUUGUAGCAAAGGCCAGAGUCCACGGAGAAGGUCUUGCAGACAAUCGUACCAACGACAGAAGCCAUGCAUCCCACAGGAUAAAUGCGUACCACCCGCUCCACCGUGCUCUCGUCCACGUCCGAAGAAUCCCAAGUGUCCCCAGCCGGAAACACCUUGCCCACCCCCUUGUCCCAUGCCCUGUGAAGAACCCAUGGAGAAGAAGCAUUUGCCGCCGAAGAUAUGCUAUCGAAAGUGUCCUCUGCCUCCGAGACCACCCAAGCCUCCGAAGUGUCCCAAGUGUCCAGCUCCGUUGCCGCCUCCGCCGCUACCCAAGGUACCUCGACCACCCAAAUGUCCGCCACCUUGCCCGCCACCUCCCGCACCACCGCCACCCAGGUGUCCAAAAGUGCCAAAGUGUCCCGAAUGUCCACCGCAAAGGGAGUGUCCGCCGCCACCGCCUUGCGAACCUUGCCCUUGUCCGCCGCCAUGUCCUCCAGCCUACUGUCCACCUCCACCACCGUGUCCACCAUGUCCACCACCCAUUCCGUGCCCCAGACCACUUCCAUGCCCACCUCCCCCUCCACCCAGGAUCUGUCCACCUUGUCCACCGUGCGCGGAGUGUCCCAAACCUCCACCCUGUCCACCUCCGCCACCGUGCAGCCCUUGCCCCUGUCCUAAACCGCCACCACCUUGCCCAUGCCCGAAACCCUGUCCACCUUGCCAAGUCGCCAAACCGCGAGUCUCCUGUCCAGAGGACGUCCCGUCUUGUCCCAAAAAUAGCGGGAAAAAUCCGCGAAAGAAGAACCGAAAUAACCCGAGGAAGAGAAGGAUGUCUACUUAUCACGCGAUAUCUAGGUUCUCGCCUCUGAACAUCGAUUACAGAAGAUUCCACGUCUACUCGACGUUACUCGGUUCGUCCGACAAGUCUAGAAAAUCCACGGCGAAACCACCCAGUUGCAAGGAUUUGGAAGACAUUUGCGAAGACAAGAGACGCAGCUGCGUGAAAGCUUGCGAGAGGAAGCCCGAGAAGAAGAAGAAGGACGUGUGUGCCGGCAGAAAGCCGGUAAAAUUGCGGGAGAAGAAGAAGAAGGAGAAAGAGGACGAGUGUGAGGACAAGUGCCUACCAAAGGGAAAGUGCGAGGUGCCUGAAUUCGCUAAACCGCCGAAAAUGGAAUACGGGCCGUCUACUUGCCCAACCCCGAAGUUUGUCUCGCCUAAACCCUGUCCGGAAAUUCCUGAGGCAAAGUACGAGGUAGAAUCGUGCGUUGAAAUUCGAACGUCGAAAGCGAAGAAAGAAAUUUGCGUCCCGCCGCCUCUUCCUGAACCACCAACGGAUCCGGUGAUUCUUUGCCCUUGUCCACCUCCACCGAAACUGCACCCUGGACCUUGUCCUUGUUACGAUUUGAAAGCGGAUAAACCGUCCAAGCCGACGCUGCCACCGUGUCCGCAUAAGGAGAAAUACGUUUGUUGCAAAGAUCCGUUUUAUUGUCCACCGGACAAAUUGGAAUGCAAGAGGCGCAAGCCUUGCGAUCCCAAGAAAAUGAAGAAGAGGAAGGAGAGGAAAGACAAAUAA